AUGACAGCAAUAAUUCAAAAUAGUUCAGAAGAAUCGACAUCUACAAUAGUGUCACAAAAAGGUAAAAAUUCAGUUACCUCUGAAGAGGGAAAUUAUCAACCUGAUGAAACACCAUACAGUCCUUCAGAUGUCAAUAAAUCAGAGACAAGUAAUGUAGCAACAACUACAUCUCAAGAUAGUGGUACAACUACCUUUUUAACUAAUACUAGUGGGCGGAGUAUAAGUAAUGUACCAACUUCAGGAAAAUAUUUGAGAAAAUUUGCAUCAGAAAAUAGUUUUAUGUUAGGAAAAAAUGGACUUCAAUCAGUACAUGUUGUUGAAAAUGAUAAUCCUAAAUUAAAAUAUAAAAAAUUAGGUAAUUGUGAAUUUGGUGAAGCACAUGAAGUAUCAACAAAAAAUCGAAUAUUUACAGUAAGACCUGUUACAUCAUUACCAAGUGGUCCUAAAAAAAAAUUUAGUGGUGGUAUUGUUGGGAAAUUAGGAAAUCGACAUCAAGAAUCAGAAGAUGGGUCAGGUUCAUUGGCAUCUGAAGCAACAGUAACAUCAGGUGCUGGUGUAUAUAAUUCAUCAACACAAACAUCAAAACAAAAAUUAAGAUUUAAAAUAAAACGUCCAAAAAGUGUUACUAAUAUAGGAAAUUCAAAUAACAAUUAUGACAAUUCAUUUACGUCUCAAACUCUUAAUUCAAUGGAAGGAUUUGAUAAAUUACAAAAUAAUGGUUUUAUAAAUAAUAAUGAGGAACGUCGAAUGUCAACUGUUUAUAUGAUGGAUGAUGAUAGUACCCAUGAAUUUGAAGAAAAUCAAACAGGUUUGUUUAAAAAAAAAAAAAAUUAA